AAUCAGAUACACUCAGUGGUCCUUGUAUCACGAAGAGUCAAUUGAUUGACAGGGAAUACCUGGGAGCGGAAAAUGGUCUGCACCUCACCGACUACUUCGUUUAUCCAAAUUGUGAAGAAUCAGGAGUGUUCCAGACUGUACAAAAGAUGAAGCGUCCGUUUAACGAAAGGUCCACUCUAGCUCUUUUGUGGACUAUAGACGUGAAAACCGAGUGCAUUUGAAGAGCAGGAUGAGUCCCAGCGCAUGACAUGCGAAUGUUCGGCGGCGGUGGCGGAAUUGAAGGAGACUCAUUCGGAGACGCACGUGACGUUGACGUGCGACAAGUUUGGGAGCUUCAGGAGACUCCAGUGUCAGGACGAUCUCUGCUUUUGCGUCAAUGCGACCUCAUCGAUUAUCACAGGCCCGUUUGUGCCCAAGGCGUCCCUGGAAAUGCUGCCUUGCUUACGAGAUGCAUUGAUCCGGAUGGAAGUCCGACGAGAUUUUCAUCCCUGGAGGACGGAACUCAGGCAGGGAAAAUGGAUUGCUUGUGUGCCCGGGAUAUUUAUAUAACCACGGAAGCAAAUUUGAACCUGGGUCAGCUGAAUUGCGAAGGCUGGGGCAGUUACAAGGCAUUGCAGACUGGGGCCACGAAAACAUGCGUGACCCGAGACGGGGUUCGUUGUUCGUCUGUUUACACUCCAUCGCAACCCGAUUGUUGCUUGCCUUGCAGCAACGUGGGCAAGUGCAGACCGAGUGACCUUCCACUGUGCAACAAUGCAGAUUCCCAAGACUUCACCGACUAUUGCUUUCUGGCAGCACUCACCUCCGACUCCUACCUGCCCUGAUGAUGAACAAACGCGUUUCCAGCACACAAAAAAAUUAAUGAUGUGAAAAUACGCGUUGAAUUUUUUGCGUACCCUGGAUGAUGAACCAAAUUGAUGCAUUAUUCUGAUAUUUUGAGAUUAUAUUUCAUAGAAGGAAGAGCGGUUUGUGAGAUAUUAUUUGAAGCAUACGUGAAGGCUGGCUCAUAAGUUUGGAGACUCACUGAAAUAGAUCCAACCGAGUUUCAAAGAUUUAAAAA